UCUCCCCUCCGCCCCGCUCCGCUCCGGACUUCCUCGCCGGCCGCCUGCUGCGGGACCAUGCUGCGCUGGCUGCGGGGCUUCGCGCUGCCCCGGGCCGCCUGCCAGGAUGCGGAGCCGCCCACGCGCUACGAGACCCUCUUCCGGGCGCUGGACCGCAACGGGGACGGCGUGGUGGACAUCGGCGAGCUGCAGCAGGGGCUCCAAACCCUGGGCAUCCCGCUGGGCCAGGACGCCGAGGAGAAAAUUUUUACAACUGGAGACGUCAACAAAGAUGGGAAGCUAGAUUUUGAAGAAUUUAUGAAGUACCUUAAAGACCAUGAGAAAAAAAUGAAAUUGGCAUUUAAGAGUUUGGACAAAAAUAAUGAUGGAAAGAUUGAAGCUUCAGAGAUUGUCCAGUCUCUCCAGAUACUGGGUCUAACUAUUUCUGAAAAACAAGCAGAGCUGAUUCUUCAAAGCAUUGAUGCUGAUGGGACAAUGACAGUGGACUGGAACGAAUGGAGAGACUACUUCUUAUUUAAUCCUGUUACAGAUAUUGAGGAAAUUGUCCGUUUCUGGAAACAUUCUACCGGAAUUGACAUAGGGGAUAGUUUAGCUAUUCCAGAUGAAUUUACAGAAGAUGAGAAAAAGACUGGGCAGUGGUGGAGGCAGCUUCUGGCAGGAGGGAUUGCCGGUGCCGUCUCGCGAACAAGCACUGCUCCUUUGGAUCGCCUGAAAGUCAUGAUGCAGGUUCAUGGUUCAAAAUCAAUGAACAUAUUUGGUGGCUUUCGGCAGAUGGUAAAAGAGGGAGGUAUCCGUUCCCUCUGGAGGGGAAAUGGAACAAAUGUCAUUAAAAUUGCUCCUGAGACAGCUGUGAAGUUCUGGGCAUAUGAACAGUACAAGAAGUUGCUCACUGAGGAGGGACAAAAGAUAGGCACCUUUGAGAGAUUUAUUUCUGGUUCCAUGGCUGGCGCAACUGCACAGACUUUUAUUUACCCCAUGGAGGUUUUGAAAACCAGGCUGGCUGUAGGCAAAACUGGCCAAUAUUCUGGAAUGUAUGAUUGUGCCAAGAAGAUUUUGAAACGCGAAGGUGUAGGAGCUUUUUACAAAGGUUACGUUCCCAAUUUAUUAGGCAUCAUACCUUAUGCGGGCAUAGAUCUUGCUGUGUAUGAGCUCUUAAAGUCCCAUUGGCUGGAUAACUUUGCAAAAGACUCUGCCAACCCCGGUGUCUUGGUGUUGCUGGGAUGCGGUGCCUUGUCCAGCACGUGUGGCCAGCUGGCCAGCUACCCCCUGGCUUUGGUGAGGACUCGCAUGCAAGCUCAAGCCAUGAUAGAAGGAGCCCCACAGCUUAACAUGGUUGGCCUCUUCCGACGGAUAAUUUCCAAAGAAGGAAUCCCGGGACUUUACAGAGGCAUCACCCCCAACUUCAUGAAAGUGCUCCCUGCUGUAGGCAUCAGUUAUGUGGUAUAUGAAAAUAUGAAGCAAACUUUAGGAGUGACUCAGAAAUGACAUACUGAAGUUUUUGCUUCAGAAUGGCUAUUGAAAUUUUCAACAGUCUUUUGAAUGUCUUCUCCUAGAAUUGCAACACAUUUAUGGCAAAAGAAACUAUAUUUUUUCCACAGAAUGGAAGAGCAUACCAUCAAUCACUGCAGAUAUUUGGGCUCAGCUUUGUGUAUAAGGAAAUUAUGGUUUAAAAGGUUUUCAAAAAAGCCACACAAUUAUACUUUAUCUUUUCUGAUUUGUCCUUCUGCAGGUGUGUGCCCUGAAUCCCAAAUCUGAAAAUGUGCUUCCUUGAACUAAAUUUGCUUUGCAUGUACAAUUGUAAACCACUAAUCUUUAUUUUGGUUGGUUCAACUUUAUGUCAAGUCCUUUAUAAAGUAAUUGUUGACUUUAAAAGUGAUCAGGCAAUGUAAAGACUUGUUUUAUAUAUUUUGAAUGCCUUUAUAGACUUUUAUAAUUUGACUUACAGAACUACUAAUAGAAAAUCAUUGUACCUAAAAUAUAUUCUACAGCAGCUAAAUAAGUAUACUGUUUUUGUCCUUGUGCCUCUUCAAGUGGAUUAGGAAUGAACAUAAGUGGCAGAAUUUGUAAUGAAGAGCAAUAAAAUAAUUUAUUUUAGUGAGUACUUUCUGUCUUACUUGCAUUGCUGUUUGGUUCCUAGGAUUAUACACUGAUUAUCAUAUUUACUGGAAAAUUGUCAACAUAGGACAUCUUAUUUGAAAGAUUCUGUUUAUUCUGCCUUUGCUUUGAAAAGUAGCAGGGAACAAAACCCUUUUACUUGAUUAGUUUCUGAAGAGCAUGUAUGUUUGCCUUUGUUUCCUCCUGUUUGAAUCAGAUUCUGUUCUAGUCAGGAAGGCUUUCCUGGGACUGUUUUUAGUAAUCUUUUUAAUGACCUGAAGUGAAUUGCCCAUGAGUAAAUGUUACAUGCUCAUUUCCUCCUCACCAGUGAAUUGUUUUGAACCUGCUGUUUUCAUUUGGGUAGCACAAAGCUAAGAGAGCAGUGCAGAGUGAUAUUAGUGUGUGCCAAUCUUAUACAUUAGACACCCAGAGUUAGAUGAAGGGCCUGAUGUGUGAACAUAUACAUCCAUAUUUUCACUUGCCUCGAGUUGUAGGAAAAUUUGUAGCCUUUCAAAAAUUUUACUAAAGCCAUUUUUGUAGUCGACCAUCUUUCCUGAUUUGUGAUUAGAACUUAGAAUAUAUUUAUUAGUUGAGAUUAUUCUGAACACCUUUUAAACUCCUUUAGUUUCUAAUACUAUCUGCUGUACAUUGCAGCAUUUUCAUGAAAAUCUAGUGACAUAAUAGUUGUUUAUUUUGUUUGAAUCUACCUCUUUUAUUUUGGAAACCAAAAGAGAAAAAAUGGGCUUGUGUUUGUGAAACAUUCUAAAAUAUAGUUUCAGUUAUAUUACUUUUGUUUCAUAAAAGUCUCUUUUUUAUAUAAUAUGUAAUAAUCAUGGGACUCUAUCUUUAGGGUUGUUUGCACUUUUGAGUAAUCCAUAAAACAUUAAGGUGUAUUGUUAACUUCUUUUUACUUAAAAAUAUGGAAAUGAACUACCAUUUAUGAAAUUUCUGCUGGUGAAAAAUAUGAAAAUAUUCAUAGUUCAUUAUGAAUUUAAAUUGUUGCUUGUUGAACAUUUGUAAGGUAUGUGAUUUAUCUGUGCCUCUUGUAUCUUUUUAAUAAAUGAUCUUGUAUCUUUUAGAAAAAUACCCCAAGUUGAAGAUUGCUUGUUUCUAGCAUUUGUGCACAUUUACUUUUUAUAUUAUAUUAAAAAUGUUUAUUUUUAACAUGA